GCGCGGAGCUGGAAGGGAGCCCGGGACUCCGCGCUCUCUUUUUCCUCAAAGUUCCUUUCUUCUCUACAGCUGGCCGGGAGGUCUCGGAGGGGCUGGAAGGUUUGCGCGGCCGGGAGCCGGGGACACAGGCUUCCGGGCCCCAGCAGACGCGCAGCCCCGGCCCGUGGAGCAACGCGCGGGGUGCCGGUCCCCUCGUUCAGCCGGCUCCUGCGCGCCCAGGAGCUCGGGGGAGCCCGGGGGGCCCGGCACGUUCUAGGCGCCCGCUGGGGCACAUUCCCAGGCCGGGGGCCGUUUCCGGCGGCGGAUCCUGGACCCGCCGGUGGAGCGGGUGAAGCGCCGCCAACUUUCCGCGACCCACCUCGGACCCAGUGCGACGGCGGGCUCAAGGGCUGUACCGCGGCUCUGGGAGUGGGCAGCAUGGAUGCUAUCAGCCAAUCCCCUGUGGACACUGUGCUUCCCAAGCACAUCUUGGAUAUCUGGGUGAUUGUCCUCAUCAUCCUGGCCACCAUUGUCAUUAUGACCUCCUUGUUGCUGUGCCCAGCCACUGCCGUUAUCAUCUAUCGCAUGCGGACUCACCCAGCCCUCAGUGGGGGCGUCUGAAAGCCACUCAAGAGUCAGGCUGGGGAUGAGGACAUGCAUCCUUCUCCCAGCCUGUUGGUGGAAAAAGAGUGGGGUGGACUUUGGAGGAAGAUCUACAUACUACUUUUGAUUCUCCAGCUGGCCGACUGUGUGGCUCUGGUCUAGUGACCUAACUCUGAGUUCAGGUUCCUUAUCUUUCAGUUAGGGAUCACACUCUCCACCCUUCCUACCUCAUACGGCUGUGGGAACAAGUGACUCAGUGAAAGUGGAAGCUGUUUGUGAGCUGUAAGGACACCACUGAUGUUCAGGUGCUGACACUGUGCUGAGAAGUUUUAAAGAAUCAAAGGACUUAAAAGCUGUUGAUGGCCUUAAAGUGGGUGAGGGGGAUACUGGGGACACAGCAGCUUUCCCAGUGUCCCUCGAAUGAAACCAGGUACAGUCACUGUCCUCCUUCCAAGGGUCCAGCAGCAUAGUGGCUCUUUUGAUUGCCACUCCUUCAAGUUUUCUCAGUUGACAAGGGAGGCCUGAGUUGGAUAGAAGAAUGGAGGUGGGGAGAACUUUCCAGAACUUUCUCUGUGCCAGUUUCUGCCCCUAUAUAAUCUAGAGGAGGGUGCCAUUGUUAUGUGAUAGUGAUAGGGGAGAUGGAGUGAUGGGCUUCUUCUUGCAUUGGAGUCUCAUGUCUCUGUAAACUUCAGCACUCAAGCAGUGUUGGACAAUGCAGGCUGGUCAAGUGUGGUGCCCAGCUCUCAGGACCUCCAGUCCCCCCCGCCCCUUAUGUGUUCCCGCACUAGUGAUGCUGUAUCACUGUUUCUCAGCUCCUGCUAUGUGAGCUUCAAAUGUACUGCCUUCCCUCCCCCUACUGGCACUGCAGCCAGUCCAAGGUACUUAUAUUUUAUGAGAUAUUCCCAAGGCAUUUGGAACCAAUUAAGUAAUGAUGGUAUUUUAGAUGCUAUGAUUUAUAUUUAUAUAGAGCUAUUUCCAGACCACCUAAGUGGUUUGAUUCCCAAAUCAGGGACAUCCUAGAAUUUAUUAAAUUAUGUUAGAGGAUAGCACAAAUAGUAGAAUAUGACUGUGUAAAAAUGUUUUCCUUGAUUUUAUUUCAUUGGUGUACACAACCAGUUUCCAAUAAAAUGUUAGA